CACAAUCCGAAUUCUCUACUCUUAAAAAUCUCCGCCUCGCCAGUGAGCGCCAAGCCACCGCCACACUCUCACCGCCGCAUGUAGACACCACCGCCUUCAAUGUCCUCGAACGACCAAACCCUAUCCUCGCUACUAUCCGACCUUCUCUUCUCCUUAGACGGCGCCGUUUUCGGCGCCAUCACCGCCGCCGCUUCCAUCAACUCCUUCCUCUCCUACAAAUCAACCUCCUCCGCCGUCCGCAAGAUCCGCGAAGCUCCCUCCGUCAAAGUCUCCGAUCUCCGCUUUCUAAUCCCCGACGUAUCGCAGCCGUCCGAUGCCGCCAAGCUCGUCGUCCUCCGCGGCUGCGUCCAGGCCAAGCCCGGCGCCGACGCAAUCUUCAAGAGCCUCAAGUCCAGCGCCAUCGUCAACCCUGAGACCAGCGAGAAGACGUUCAUCGACGCCGUCAUCGUCGAGCGAACGCAGCGGCUUAUAUAUGACGAGUGGAUGAGCUUGUUUGGGCUGACGUAUGAUUUGAAAGGGAGAUUGCUCAAGAUGUUUUCUCCAAGUGAAUCAAGCACGAUGAAAUCGGUUCCAUUUGUGCUUGGUGAGACUGGGAGUUCGGAUUUUGUUGUGCCGAAUUUGAGUGGCUCAAGCCAUCCGUUGCCUCUUGUGACUGUCUAUCAGCAAAAGCAGCUGUUUAAUCUCAAUCCCUAUACAUUCCUGCAGAGAGUUCUUUUCCAUGAUCACCCGAUUGGUCUACUAGAUGAAGAGAAGGUACUUCCUGUGGGAGUUGAAGUCAGUGCUGUUGGCAUCUGCAAUUUCCAAAAUGGGGCACCAGAAAUCAAGUCGUGUAGUGAUCUUCCCUGUUUUAUGUCUUUGCUGGAUAAGGAUGAGUUGGUUCUCUAUCUUGAAUCAAAGUCAAACGCUAGAUUCUGGGUUGGGGUCGGUUUUGGUUUGUUGUCAGUUGGAAUCCUCUGCUACGCUGCUGUUAGGAAUUGGCACAAAUUGAAAGAAUGGAGGCAACAAAUGCAACAAAGUCAAGAACAGCAAGAAAGCGAUGCAGCUGAAACCAUUGCUGCUCUUCAAUUUGAAGCAGAAGAUGUGGAAGAUGAGGAAGAUGGGGACGUAUUUGAUGGGCAGUUAUGCGUCAUCUGUCUGACAAGGAGAAGAAGAUCGGCCUUCAUUCCAUGCGGGCAUCUCGUGUGCUGCCAUCUCUGCUGUAUAUCCGUUGAGCGGAGCACGUCACCCAAGUGCCCGGUCUGCAGGCAGGAGAUCCGCACUGCGAUUCGCAUAUAUGACUCUUAGUUGUAGUUUUAUAGUACUAAUAUACACGAGGUUGGAUGUAAAGUGACUGUUGAUAGUAGGCAUGGAGUAGUUUCCCCCCACGAGUUUAAAUCACUUUAGAUAGUUGACAGGGAGUAGUUUCCUCCCAUAAGUUGAAAAGGAUUCUCAUGGAGUAAAGAUGGAUGUAUGUGUAUGGUAAUCCAGCUUUGGCUUCUGAAAGCCU